GCUCAACAGUGAGAACACACUCGCAUUACGCAUUGCAGUAGCUAAGUAGUCGUCAGAUACAUUUGUUCGAGAUUCAGAUACUUGUAAGCAGUCGACAUGAGCAGCACGCGACACAACAGCAAUCCGCUUAGCUUUUUCUGCGGCUUGUUGGCAAUCUUUUGGUGGAACGGGGUCGCCUUCAAUGUAGAUGCCGUGGAAUUCUACACCGAGAAGCCAUCGUUUUUACCCUCGUGUCGCAUCUAUGAGCCCGGCUUCACAAAGUGCUCCACAAACAGCAUUCAAAAACUAAUUGAUCAACUUCAUGUUGGUAUACCAGAAAUUGUCGAGAAAUAUGGAACGUGGGAUCCGAUGCACGUCAGAGACAUUGUCUUCAAGCAGGAUAACGUUGAAGUCGCCACCAUCAGAGCCAAUCUUACCGAUGUCGUCGUUAAAGGAUUUUCCCAAACAAAGAUCAAGGAAAGCCGCGUGAGCAAGAAGGACUUUCACUGGCAAACUAAAAUCUUUUUGCCCAAAAUGCGAUUAGAUGCCAAAUAUAAAAUGCAGGGUCGCAUUCUAUUGAUACCGCUUAGCGGGGAGGGCAACAUAUUUAUAGAGAUCGAAAAUCUUGAUAUUCUGAUGUACACAAAGACGCGACUCUACGAGAAGGGCGGUUUCACCUUCGAUAAUGUGACAGCGGUGCAAGUGAAGCUAAAUAUGUCUCGAGUUCGCACCCAACUGGACAAUCUUUUCAAUGGUCGCAGCAAGGAGGUGGAACGUAGUACAAACCAGUUCUUUAACGACAAUUGGCGUGAUUUCUAUGAAGCAUUGCGACCUCUGAUCGUUGAUACGGUGGAAAACAUAUUGAAGGACAUUAUGUCGGCUGUUUUCCAUUUAAUACCGGCAAACUUCUUCGUCGAGGAUAUUCCCACACCACAGCAACUGUACGGGACAACAACGUAAAACACGAAUAUGAUAAUAAUAUCUAAUUAAA